AUGUGGCUUUUUAUGGCAGUAGUGUGCUUAAUUCAACAGACCACAGAGUUGGAAGAAUUCCUACAGAAGAGACAUAUGAAUCCUCAAACAUUUAUGACUGUUAGUGAAAUAAUCCAGUACUGGGGAUAUCCCAGUGAAGAGCAUGAAAUUAUGACAGAUGAUGGUUAUUACUUGAUUGCAAAUAGAAUUCCUUAUGGAAUGCAUACUUCUAGGAAGACUGGACCAAAUCCAGUUGUGUUACUUGUACCUGGUUUAUUUUGUGAAGGAAGAUCCUGGAUUGCAAAUCUUCCCAACAAUAGUCUGGGAUUUGUGCUAGCAGAUGCUGGCUAUGAUGUCUGGAUUAUCAAUAACCGAGGGACCACUUGGUCCAGAAGACACAGGAGCUUGACAAUAGGCCAAGAAGAAUUUUGGGAUUUUAGUUUUCAUGAAAUGGCUAUACAUGAUAUUCCAGCAACAAUCAACUUUAUCCUGCAGAAAACCCAGCAGAAAGGUUUAUAUUAUAUUGGCUUUUCUCAAGGAGGGACAAUUGGUUUUACUGCUUUUUCACUCAUGCCACAGCUGAUCCCCCAAAUCAAACUCCUUAUGUGUUUUGCCCCUACCUACACAUUAAAAGACAGUUGGAAUCUUUCGGUAAUCUCUCAAUUAUCAUCUAAGGAAUUCAUUCAAAUUAUUUGGGGAAAGAAAGAGCUUUGCUUGGUUAGUUACAAGCAGAAGAUACUGAAUGCCAAGCUAUGUAGUUUUGCAGUAGUGGACAAGCUCUGUCUCCUGUUGUUUUCUUAUACUACAGGAUAUAAACAGAAGAACUUAAAUGUGAGUCGAGCAGAUGUAUAUCUUGGGAUAUUUCCUGACUAUACUUCUGUAAAAACAGUGAUCCAUUGGUUGCAGAUUGCAAAAUCAAAUGAAUUUAAAUAUUUUGAUUAUGGAAGUAAGAAUAAAGCUGUAUACAAUAUGACAUCCCCUCCAUUUUACAGAAUAGAAGACAUGGUUGUGCCAACAGCUGUGUGGAAUGCUGGACACGACCAGGUGGUAACUCGGACUGACAUAAGACUGCUGCUUCCUCGAAUUAAAAAUUUAGUGUUCCAUAAGGAAAUUCCCGACUGGAAACAUCUAGAUUUUAUUGUUGGUCUUGAUGCCCCAGAGCAACUCUACCCUGAAAUAUUGGAUUUGAUGCAGAAGUAUAAAUAA